AUGGCUAAAAAAGCAUCUUCCGGAACUCCAUCUCGCUCUUCCAAUCGAACUGGAAGUCAAACGAACCACUUCCAAGUAGUUCAUGCCCAGAAAAAAAGUCGCAAGCGAUCGACAAGCGAGAAGAGAGGAGAGAGCAAGAAAAAGGAUGCUAAAAAGGGCAGUGGGAAAAAAUCCAAUGACACCGGAUUCAAAAAAAUUGUCGAUCAUGAUUUUUACAACACUCACUACGUCGAGUACAAAGUCCUCCUCAACAACGGCAAGAAGAUCAAAGCUGUUGACUUUGACUUCAAGGACAACGUCGAAAUGCUGAAGGACUACAAGUACAAAGUCACUCGUCAAGAGGAUAACGAUGAUCAUGAUUACGUUGUCGAAAAAAUCAUCGCUCAUCGUUUUGUCAAGAAGAACAAAAUGCCGCUUUACCUCGUGAUGUGGGAGGGCUUCCCAAAUCCAAUAUCUUACACGGAGAUGUGGGAGAAUGAGCUUGAAAAUUGCAAGGAAGUUCUCGACACUUAUAAGAGGUCUCACGAUGUCAAGCCAACAACGUCAGAAGUAUCACCGAAAAAGUUUGGCAAGUCGAAGGGCGGAAAAAAGAAGGCCGAUUCUUCAUCUGAGCAAUCAAAUGAUGAGGAAGAGGAAGAGAAGCCCGCGAAAAAGUCUAAAAAGUCGUCGAAACAGAAAAAUGCUCGGAAAUCGAAGCAACUCAACUUGUCCGACGACGAAGAUGACGAUGACGAGGAAGAUGAUUCUGAUAAAAAAGCAGACAAACGAGCUGCUUCGAAUAAUGAUGAAGACGAAGAGCCAGCAUCGUCCAAAAAAGAGCGCAAGUCUGCUAAGAAAGAGAAAGAUUCGUCGGACGAUGAUGAAGAGGAUGAGGAGCCUGUUUCUAGUAAAAAAGGGCGCCGAACCUCAUCUAAGAAGGAGAGACGAUCGUCGAAGAAACAGACACGCUACGUCGAGUUGGAUGAGGAAGACGUGGAUGAUGUCGAACCAGCGAAGAAGGAUAGUCGUUCUUCCUCGAAGAAGCAGAAGCGCGCAGCUGAAUCAUCGGAUGAAGAAGAAGAAGAAGAAAAACCAAAGAAGACCAAGUCUGGACGUUCGUCUGCUAAAAAGGCCAAAAAGGUUGAAAGCGACGAAUCUGGAAACAGCGAUGAUUCUGAGGAUGAAGAUGCUCCAUCCACUUCCAACAAAAAAAUCUAA